AUGAACCGCUGUGACGCCCGCGCGUCUGUGUGCGCGCGCCUCUACGUCCGUACGCAACACCGCCGGACGCACACAUCGAUGUCUCGCGCCUUGUACACGAUGCGGACUAUGCCGGAAGAACCACUGGUCGAAGGUAACUUAAAGUCGGAGGCGGAGGUGGUGAGCGAAGUUGUCACCAUUGCCGCGCGCAACCCUAACUACGGAAUGAUGAACAACAACCAGUUCCACGAGCUGUUCGGCUCCCAGUGGCCGCCGGACCAGCACGGGGGCCACUCGUCCGCCUCGACGAUGCUGCACCCAUCGCAGCUGCCGCAGGGCGUUCAGCCGAAGCGGGAGCCCCACGCCGAGGUGCAGGGGAUGCACGGCCACAUGGGCCUGGACAUCACCUCCGGCUCGGUGGCGGACAGCACGUCGCCGCCGCCGAGCAGCGAGGGCAUGUUCGGCUCGUCCAUAUCCGGCAUGUUCAUGGACAAGAAGGCGGCGAACUCCAUCAGAGGUAAAUACGACAAGUGGCGUGCCGGUAGAGCCGGUGCACCCCAAAUCGAGAUAAUACCAUGCAAGGUCUGCGGAGACAAGUCAUCGGGCGUCCAUUACGGCGUCAUAACUUGCGAAGGAUGCAAGGGUUUCUUCAGGAGGUCCCAGAGCACAGUGGUGAACUACCAGUGUCCGCGCAACAAGGCCUGCGUGGUGGACCGCGUAAACCGCAACCGCUGCCAAUACUGCCGCCUACAGAAGUGCCUCAAGCUGGGCAUGAGCCGCGACGCGGUGAAAUUUGGACGUAUGUCGAAGAAGCAACGCGAGAAAGUGGAAGACGAGGUACGAUUCCACCGCGCACAGAUGCGCCAACAAACAGACGCAGCACCUGACUCGGUGUACGACGCCCAACAGCAGACGCCUAGCUCCAGCGAUCAAUUCCAUGGACAUUACAAUGGCUAUCCGGGGUACAGCUCGCCGCUCUCCUCUUACGGCUACAGCAACGCGGCGCCGGCGCUCACGUCCAACAUGGGCGGCAUCCAGCCGCCGCAGCAGCAGCAGCCGUACGACGUGUCCGCGGACUACGUGGACUCGACCACGGCCUACGAGCCCAAGCAGACCGGCGGCUUCCUGGACGCGGACUUCAUCGGCGGCCACGACGAACAACAAAAAAGCACCACCAUCGUCCGGCCCGUCGGCUCGACAUCCACGACCACUGCGACCACGUCGACCACGUCCAUGCGACAGACCACCAUAAACGACCUCACUCGCAACCGGAUACAGCAGGACUUCGACCGCUACGACCAGGAGCGCAUCCAAUCGCCCGCCUCCAUAUCGCCCGGCGUAAUCAACAUAAAGCAAGAGAUAAAACCCGAGACCUCGAUGGGCGUGGACAACUUAGUCGCCAGUUACGUCGACUCGACGACGUUCCUGCACAGCCCGUCGAAUAUGCACAGCCCUAUGGACAUCCAGAAUACGGUGUUGGUCAGCGGCCAAAGCUCCGUGUCGCUCACCAGCGAGGAGUUGAGCCCGGACGAUCUGACAUCCAGCAGUGGCCACGGACGGCUGAUGGACCCCCUGAACAUGAACAUGUCCGGCAUGGGAAUGGUGAACCCCAACGCCGUCUCGAACAGGAGACAUCCGGGCUCUAGUCAGAGCGCGUCGAGCGGUGACGACCUGCCUUCCGAAGGUGACAUCAGCAAGGUGCUGGUGAAGAGCUUGGCCGAGGCGCACGCGAACACAAAUCUGAAGCUGGAGUUCAUACACGAGAUGUUCCGGAAACCGCCAGACGUGUCCAAGCUGCUGUUCUACAACUCGAUGACUUACGAGGAGAUGUGGCUCGACUGCGCUGACAAGCUCACCGGAAUGAUCCAGAACAUCAUUGAGUUCGCCAAGCUCAUUCCCGGCUUCAUGAAGCUCACACAGGAUGAUCAAAUACUGCUACUAAAAUCUGGGUCAUUCGAAUUGGCGAUCGUGCGCCUUUCGCGGUUGAUCGACGUCAAUCGCGAGCAAGUGCUGUAUGGGGACGUUGUGCUGCCAAUACGCGAGUGCGUGCAUGCUCGUGACCCACGGGAUAUGGCCCUGGUUGUAGGCAUAUUCGACGCGGCGAAGACAAUCGCGAGACUGAAGUUGACUGAAACCGAACUGGCGCUCUACCAGAGUCUUGUUCUACUGUGGCCAGAACGGCACGGCGUGCGCGGCAACCCUGAGAUCCAGUGCCUGUUCAACAUGUCUAUGGCGGCGAUGCGGCACGAGAUCGAGACCAACCACGCACCGCUAAAGGGUGACGUCACAGUGCUCGACACGCUGCUCACUAAGAUACCCACCUUCAGAGAGCUGUCACUUAUGCAUUUGGAAGCGCUGUGCCGUUUCAAGGCGGCCCACCCCCACCACGUGUUCCCGGCGCUCUACAAGGAGCUGUUCUCCCUGGACAGCGUUCUGGACUACACACACGGC